AUGCUUGCGAAUAGCCUCCCACAAAGACGUGACGUGACCGAGGGGAGAACAGAACCCACGGGAAAAAAAACAUGUCCACAAUCACAUUGGAACACGCACAAAACGGACACGGUGGUGUCAACGGUCACAGCUCCCCCCUAUAUGAACGGAACUAACGGCUUGAAUGGAACCCAUGGCGUCGUGGCUACCAACGGUUUGAAUGGUACCAAUGGGGUAAAUGGAACCACCAACGGGGUAAAUGGUACCAGCAAUGGUUCUGGUGAAUCCUGGGAGAAGCAGUUCUUGCCUCCACCUCUUCAACUUGACGAUAAGGCCCGUGCUAUUAAGGUGGAAUCAAGACUAUCGGGUUUAGUUCUUUGCGGUGCGACGUUAAAACGUGUAGCUGAAGUAUUUGCCCAUGAAAUCGAGAAUGGUCUGCGACAGAAACCAUCCAGCUUGCAGAUGGAAAACACAUAUGUUCCAGAAUUACCAGAUGGCACAGAGGAAGGAGUCUUUCUGGCCCUCGAUCUUGGAGGCACCAAUUUCCGGGUGCUAUACUUAGAACUGUGUGGUGGGGAGCUGGUGCGGGAGGAUGUCAAGCAUUACCACAUCAGCGAUGAGUUGAGGUUGGGUCCAGGUGAAGAUCUGUUCAACUUCUUGGCCGAUUGUGUUCUCGAUUUUCUACGUUCAGAAGGCAUGGAAAAGGACGAGUUGUCACUCGGGUUCACAUUCUCUUUCCCCAUGAAGCAGCAUUCCAUAUCUUCUGGAGAAUUGAUAACCUGGACUAAGAGCUUCAAAUGUGGAGGAAUGGCAGGAGUGGACGUCGCCGCUUUACUUCAGCGAUGCUUGAACGACAGAGGUCUGAAAGUCACAGUCCAGGUGUUGCUGAAUGACACAACUGGGACUUUAGUUGCAGGGGCUCACUUGGAUCCGGAGGUGGCGAUCGGUGUGAUAUUAGGUACUGGGUCAAAUGGUUGUUACAUGGAGCGAGCUGAUCGUGUCGUGCACUGGGAGUCUUCGUAUGAACGCGUUCACGAUGUGUGUGUUGACAUCGAAUGGGGUGCCUUCGGAGACAACGGUUGCCUGAACUUCCUAAGGACGGACUUUGAUGAAGAAGUUGACAGGAAUUCUCUUUUAGCUACUAGCUUUACGUUUGAGAAGUAUAUAGGUGGAAAAUACUUGGGUGACCUGUUGUGUGCCGUGUUAGGGGGUUUGGCCAGAGAUGGACUAUUCCCAGCGACACCCGUAUGGGGAGAACUGCAAAGUGCCCAUGUCAGCAUGUUUGAAGAGGAAAACUCAGUUGGGGACUGGGAGCAAACAGCUGAAGCCCUUUGUGAGGCAUGUGGAGGUGCUUUGAUAUCGAGAGCCGAUGCCUUCGUCGCGCAGCAUGUUGCGAGGGUCAUCUCCAACCGAGCUGCACAACUUGUUUCCGUUUGUAUCGCCACAUUACUACGCCGUAUGAACCGAAAUCACACCGCAGUGGCGGUAGAUGGCUCUGUUUUUAAAAGGCACCCACGCAUCAGAAACCUCAUGAACAAGUACAUCGCCCUACUGGCACCUAAGGACAAGUUCACCCUCCUAGGAGCAGAAGACGGCAGCGGUAAAGGAUCAGCACUUACAGCAGCAAUUGCUGCUAGAGUUGCAGCAAGAAGCACUUAA